CCGAGAACAAUCAUAAACCCUAACAUUUUUUUUGAUUUCAUAAACCCUAGCAAUUAUCCGAAACAAAAAAAACAAAAAAAUCGGGCUUUCUCUGUUGAAGGUUUCUAGGGUUCAAACGGGCAGCACAAGAGGAGAUUUUUGAUUCAUCCAGGUUGUUGCAAUGGCUGCAACUCAAUGUUUACAAGGUUCCUAUGGGCAAACUCUGUUUCUGCAGAAAGAUUUAGUUGUUAACAGGCGGAAUCAGUUAUUAUUGGGCGCUCUUCGUAAUUCGACAUCUCCACUGUGUGUUACUGGCAGGAAAGGUGUUUUAUUGAGGUGUUCUGCUCAAUCGAAGCCUGGAGCUGUGGCUACUAGUUCUCUUAAUGAGCAAUCUAAUUUGAUUGAAAUGUCUAGUCAACAGAUUGUUCAUUUUUAUCGCGUGCCGCUAAUCCAAGAGAGUGCUACUGUUGAGUUACUCAAGUCAGUGCAAUCGAAAAUCUCUAAUGAGAUUGUUGGGUUGCAGACAGAGCAGUGUUUUAAUGUGGGGCUCCAGUCUGAGAUUUCCAAUGAGAAGUAUGGAGUUCUUAGGUGGCUUCUGUCAGAAACUUAUGAACCGGAGAACUUGGGAACAGAGAGCUUUCUUGAUAAGAAGAAGAGAGAAGGUUUGAAUACUGUUAUAGUUGAGGUUGGGCCUCGAUUGUCUUUUACAACAGCUUGGUCUGCAAAUGCUGUUUCCAUUUGUCGUGCUUGUGGAUUAACAGAAGUGACGCGUAUCGAGCGGUCCCGGAGGUACUUGCUACAUAGUAAGGGAGUCUUGCGAGAAGAUCAGAUCAGCGAGUUCUCCGCCAUGGUUCAUGAUCGGAUGACUGAGUGUGUUUAUACUCAGAAGUUGACAUCUUUUGAGACUAGUGUGGUUCCUGAGGAAGUACGGCUUGUGCCCGUUAUGGAGAAAGGGAGGAAGGCUUUGGAAGAGAUUAAUCAAGAGAUGGGUUUCGCUUUUGAUGAGCAAGAUUUGAAGUACUACACUAGGCUUUUUAAAGAAGAUAUCAAACGGAAUCCGACGACUGUGGAAUUGUUUGACAUUGCACAAUCCAACAGUGAACACAGCAGGCACUGGUUUUUUACUGGAAACAUUGUCAUUGAUGGUCAGCCUAUGGAUAGAACACUUAUGCAGAUUGUGAAAAGCACUUUGCAGGCGAAUCCAAACAAUUCAGUGAUUGGCUUUCAUGAUAACUCCAGUGCAAUCAAGGGCUUCCCUGUUCAGCAAUUGCUGCCAGUUAAGCCUGGUUUGACAUGUCCACUAGAUGUUGCUACUCGUGACCUUGAUAUUUUAUUCACAGCUGAGACUCAUAAUUUCCCUUGUGCUGUGGCACCUUAUCCUGGGGCAGAAACAGGUGCAGGUGGUAGAAUUAGAGAUACCCAUGCGACAGGUAGGGGUUCAUUUGUCAUUGGAGCGACAGCUGGUUAUUGUGUUGGGAAUUUGAAUAUGGAAGGAUCUUAUGCUCCAUGGGAAGAUUAUUCCUUCACAUAUCCAUCGAACUUGGCAUCACCUCUGCAGAUUCUGAUUGAUGCUAGCAAUGGUGCAUCAGAUUAUGGAAACAAAUUUGGGGAGCCCUUGAUUCAGGGUUACACUAGAACCUUUGGAAUGAGACUUCCGAGUGGGGAAAGGCGAGAAUGGCUGAAGCCGAUUAUGUUCAGUGCGGGUAUUGGGCAGAUUGAUCACACCCACAUAACAAAAGGAGAGCCUGACAUUGGUAUGUUGGUUGUGAAGAUUGGGGGUCCUGCAUAUCGUAUAGGAAUGGGAGGCGGGGCUGCCUCAAGUAUGGUGAGUGGGCAAAAUGAUGCAGAACUUGAUUUUAAUGCUGUACAGCGUGGAGAUGCAGAGAUGUCACAGAAACUUUAUCGUGUUGUCCGCGCCUGCAUCGAGAUGGGGAAGAAUAAUCCAAUUAUUAGCAUCCACGAUCAAGGAGCUGGUGGGAACUGUAAUGUGGUGAAGGAAAUUAUAUAUCCAAAGGGUGCUGUGAUUGACAUCCGAGCAAUCGUGGUUGGUGAUCAUACGAUGUCUGUUCUAGAGAUAUGGGGUGCAGAAUAUCAGGAGCAAGAUGCUAUCUUGGUGAAACCUGAGAGCCGUGAUCUUCUACAAUCAAUUUGUGAAAGAGAAAGGGUAUCAAUGGCUGUUAUUGGGACAAUUAAUGGCGAGGGACGUGUGGUCUUGGUUGACAGUUCAGCUAUUGAGAAAUGCAGUUUACUUGGGCUGCCUCCUCCUCCUCCUGCUGUAGAUUUUGAGCUUGAGAAAGUACUUGGGGACAUGCCUCGCAAGACUUUUGAAUUCCACAGAAUGGUUAAUGCAAGAGAGCCUCUUGACAUUGCUCCAGGGAUCACUGUGAUGGAGGCUUUAAAGAGGGUAUUGAGGCUUCCUUCUGUAUGUUCGAAACGUUUCUUGACAACAAAAGUGGAUAGAUGUGUUACAGGUCUUGUAGCACAGCAACAAACUGUUGGUCCUUUGCAGAUUACACUCGCUGAUGUUGCUGUUAUAGCUCAGACUUACUCUGACUUGACUGGAGGUGCAUGCGCAAUUGGUGAGCAGCCAAUCAAAGGGCUGGUUAAUCCAAAGGCAAUGGCAAGACUGGCUGUUGGAGAAGCACUCACAAAUCUAGUUUGGGCUAAGGUUACUUCUCUUUCUGAUGUUAAAGCAAGCGGGAAUUGGAUGUAUGCUGCCAAGCUUGAUGGGGAAGGAGCAGACAUGUAUGAUGCUGCAACAGCUCUUUCUGAAGCUAUGAUUGAACUGGGUAUUGCUAUUGAUGGGGGAAAAGACAGUCUCUCUAUGGCAGCUCAUGCAGGUGAUGAGGUUGUUAAGGCUCCAGGUAAUCUUGUUAUCAGUGUUUACGUCACUUGUCCUGACAUAACAAAAACAGUAACCCCGGAUUUGAAAUUGGGAGAUGAUGGUCUACUGCUUCAUAUUGAUUUGGCAAAAGGUGAGAGGCGACUAGGGGCAUCAGCUCUUGCACAGGCAUUUGACCAAAUUGGGGAUGACUCUCCUGAUCUUGAGGAUGUUUCUUACCUCAAAAGAACUUUUGAGAGUGUACAAGAUCUUAUUGAGGAUGAACUCAUCUCCUCUGGCCAUGAUAUAAGUGAUGGUGGGUUCCUGAUCUGUGCCAUGGAGAUGGCAUUUGCUGGAAAUUGUGGCAUUGUUUUGGACUUGGCUUCACAUGGGAAGAGUCUCUUCCAAACACUCUUUGCAGAAGAGCUUGGUCUUAUUCUCGAGGUUAGCCGGAAAAACUUGGAUGGUGUUAUACAGAGGCUCAAUAAGGUGGGGGUUUCUGCUGAGAUAGUUGGACAAGUGACUGCCUCGCCCAUGAUAGAACUAAAAGUUGAUGGGGAAACUCAUAUUAAUGAGGGAACUUCUCUUCUAAGAGAUAUGUGGGAGGAAACAAGCUUUCAACUUGAGAAGCUCCAAAGACUGGCUUCCUGUGUGGACUCUGAGAAAGAAGGUUUAAAAUAUAGGCAUGAACCACUCUGGAAAUUGUCAUUUACCCCGACAGUUACAGAUGCGAGAUAUAUGUCUGCAACUUUAAAACCAAAAGUGGCAGUAAUUCGAGAGGAAGGAAGCAACGGAGACCGAGAAAUGGCUGCAGCACUUUAUGCUACUGGUUUUGAACCCUGGGAUGUUACGAUGUCUGACCUUCUGCGUGGAGCCAUCUCCCUUCAUGAAUUCCGUGGAGUUGUGUUUGUGGGAGGUUUUAGCUAUGCUGAUGUCCUUGAUUCUGCAAAGGGGUGGUCUGCCUCCAUAAGAUUUAAUCAGCCACUUCUAAAUCAGUUUCAGGACUUCUACAAGCGACCUGAUACUUUCAGCCUCGGUGUAUGCAAUGGAUGUCAGCUAAUGGCUCUAUUGGGAUGGGUCCCAGGCCCCCAAGUUGGGGGUGUGCUUGGUGCUGGAGGGGACCCUUCACAACCGAGGUUUGUUCACAAUGAGUCUGGCCGAUUUGAAUGCCGUUUUACAAGUGUGACGAUACAGGAUUCCCCUGCCAUUAUGUUCAAAGGAAUGGAAGGUAGUACAUUAGGAGUUUGGGCUGCCCAUGGUGAGGGAAGAGCUUAUUUCCCAGAUGAUGGUGUUCUUGAUCGCGUGGUUCAUUCAGAUUUGGCUCCAGUUAGAUACUGUGAUGACGAUGGUAAUCCAACAGAAACUUACCCUUUCAACGUGAAUGGUUCUCCUUUAGGUGUAGCAGCAAUUUGUUCUCCUGAUGGGAGGCAUCUCGCUAUGAUGCCUCAUCCAGAACGUUGCUUCAUGAUGUGGCAGUUCCCAUGGUAUCCUAAGCACUGGGAUGUGGACAGCAAAGGUCCUAGCCCAUGGUUAAAGAUGUUCCAGAAUGCUAGAGACUGGUGCUCAUGAGAGAGUUUUCCUGAUGGGUAAAGACGGGUGCAUCAUCAAUAUGAAGGCAUGUCAAGCAAAGGUGGUUUAGAUGAUAAUUUAUUAUCUACAGAGGUCCAAUGGAGACAGGUCUUGAGAAUUCUUCUGAGUUCCAAUACAUUUUGGUUUUACUUUCGUUUGUAUUCUAUCCAAAUGACUAAUACAAGUUUCUAAUAACUCUAUCUAGUGGAGUUUUUACAUCUUUCA